AUGGAAGCAUUAGUGCAAUAAAACUUGUAAGCUGAUUCCUCAAAUGAGAACUGCAUUACUCUUAAGUACAAGAAUAUGUUUCAGCUUGACUUGAAAUGGUAUUCAAACAUUUUGAAUAAGGCAAUAUCAAUUUUAGGGAUGAUGAAGUUACAGACAGAGAAGUGCUUGCAAUACUGUUCUUUGCUUAUGACUACAUCAAAAAAAUAUUCCAAAGAGAGAAUAUUUUAAUACAGGUAGAUUUUUUCGCUCCCAUCCUAACUUAUCAACAUUUAAUAGAACAAUGAGCAUAAAAAGAAUAUACCACUCGAUGACAUUGCAAUUUAUAAGCAUUCACCACUUGUACUAGUAUUUGCAUCAAAUGAGCUUCCCAAAGAAGUGAAAAAUGGGACCUCCAAGGUGAUAGCCUUUAAUAUUAAUAGGACAGGUUAUUCAAAGAUUGCCUCGCUAGUUGAAAUGCCCUAGGAAUCAGACAUUCCUUAAUAUUCAAAGACUAGACCUGAAAACCCACUAGAUGUGACUACUAAUCCUCAGUCAAAAGUUGGAAACAAUGAGAGUACUAUGAAAAAGAAAAAGAAAUCAAAUAAGGUUGAACAAGAGAUGAUUACUCCUUCACCAGGUUAAGCCGAGUAAAAACAUAAAAGCAAACAUUAGGAAUAGUCCUCUGUGCUAAGAUAAAUUACUAUGAAUGAAGUUAUGUAGAAUAAUACUAAAGAAAGAGCUUGGUCAGUUAUAAAUGGGAUUGUUUAUGAUUUUACAAAAUUCCUAUAUAAUCAUCCAGGAGGAUUUAAUAAUAUAUUCAAAUCUGUUGGUAAAGAGGGUACUUUAGUAUUUCGUAAGAUAAAUCAUCUUUUUCAAACUAUUAGGAGAAGGACAUUCUUAUGUAAGGGAUUCAAGAGCAUUCCUUUAAAGGUAUGA